AUGAGUCUGAAGUUCCGGUUUGCAAGGGAACACCUCUUCCAAUCUGUUAUGUCAAAGUGCCAACCUUCAAGGUCAAGUCGAAGAUGCUGGAGCUCAAGCCUUGAGCUUUCCAUCAAGUUCAAAGAAGAAAUUUGGAAAUCCUCCGAUGCAUCCUUGAGGAAACCGGACCUCAAGCUUCUGUCAAGUUCCAAGUCAAGGAGGCAAAGGUUUGGAUCUCACAAACUGGGAGGAUUGAGGGACUCCAAGCACAUCAAUCAUGCGGCCUUGAAGAAACCGUACCUCAAGCCUUCUACUGACUUCAAGGAAAUCCUAAAUUUAACAACAAAGAUCCUCCACAAUGUCGCAGGGUCCCCAGUAAUGCGGGCACUGUGA